AGAAGAGAAAAAACGCUGCCAGCGGAUGUGAGGGAGACGAUUGAGAGGCACGAAAAAGAGGGGACAACGAAUAGUCCUGAAUACGAACAACUUGAAAUGGUAGGGAUCUUCUUUGAAAAGCACGUUUGCAAGAGCCCCUGGCCAAAGGUGAUGGAGACGUCCUUUGCGGCCAUGAUGCAACAUCCCACCGUGUAUCACACACACGAUGUAGGUGAUAUCUUGACGGACCUUUCUGAUAUGAAUGGACCGUCAGAGUUCACGAUUACGGGAAUGCUGAAGUCAUGGUCGUGUCUGGAUCAGAUGCACGCAAUCACGACUCCUGCUCUGCUCACCGACGGUGUGAUGGACGAAGCGCAGGACGUCUGCGUGAGUCCUUUCUUCCAGAGAAUCCCGCAUGUGAAGUGGGCGCAUUUUUUCGCAGCGUCACAUGCCAUUCUUGGAGGAGGAGGACCAGGCGAGAUACUUUCAAGUGGUGACUGA